AUGGAACCCAGAAAGGAUAUGGUGAUGUUUCUGGAAGGAGGUCAACUUGGCACUCUUGUUGGCAAGAGAGUCUCUAAUUUGUCAGAAGCAGUGGGAAGCCCAGUCCAAGAACCGCAGGACAAGAUGAUCCAUCGGAGUUGCCUGAGCCCCAGAUCUGGCCCCUUAUCCUCCCGGGAAAGGGGAGGAGGAGAGGAGGAGGUGGAAGUGCUGCCAGGGACAGGGACGGUCCCGGAGAGUCGCUCGGCGGCUGCAGCAGCUCUGCUCUCGGCCGGACAGCAGCUCGCCUCGGAGCCCCUCUCUAGCAAAGGGCAACAGAGCAGCUCGGACACCGAGUCGGAUUUCUAUGAGGAAAUCGAGGUGAGCUGCACCCCGGACUGCGCCACGGGAAACGCCGAGUACCAGCCCCACUGUGCAGGGCCGUGCUCGGAGGCUUUGGCCGGUGGCAGCCCCAGCAGCGGGGGGGAGCCCCCCAAAUGCAGCGGAGGCAGCGGCGGCUCCCAGGGGUCGCUGGCCUGCAACGCCAGCGAUCAGAUGCGCCGCUACCGUACCGCCUUCACCCGCGAGCAGAUAGCCCGGCUGGAGAAGGAAUUCUACCGGGAGAACUACGUGUCCAGGCCCAGAAGAUGUGAACUGGCAGCUGCUUUAAAUCUGCCAGAAACCACCAUCAAGGUCUGGUUCCAGAACCGCAGGAUGAAGGACAAGAGGCAGCGUUUGGCCAUGACCUGGCCUCACCCAGCAGAUCCGGCUUUUUACACGUACAUGAUGAGUCAUGCAGCGGCAACUGGCAAUCUUCCCUACCCCUUCCCAUCCCACCUGCCCCUUCCUUACUACUCCCACAUGGGCAUUGGUGCCACCUCGGCCUCUGCUGCCACCCCGUUCAGUACCCCUCUGAGACCACUUGACACCUUUAGGGUCCUCUCUCAUCCUUACCCUAGACCAGAACUGCUUUGUGCAUUCAGGCAUCCUUCUCUUUACCCUGCCCCAACUCAUGGACUCAGUAGUGCUGGAGGCAGCCCUUGCUCAUGCUUGGCUUGCCAUAGCAGCCAGUCCAAUGGACUGGCACAGAGACCUUCAGGAUCAGACUUUACCUGUUCAGCCACAACCAGGACUGACUCUUUUCUCACUUUCACACCCUCCGUGCUGAGCAAAGCAACCUCAGUAUCCAUGGACCAGCGGGAAGAAGUACCUUUAACAAGAUAAAGCUGCAUCUCAGGUUUAUAAAUCAUAUGCCCCUUUCAUGGGCUCACAUAAGGUUAAAGUACUUACAUACAACGUUUAUUAAUCGUGUUCUCUCCCAUAAGUGGACACCUAUGGGGGAAAAGACUAAAAAUAGCUCAGUCUUUGAAGGAUUU